AUGGGCUGCCGGGAUGUUCAUGCAGCGACAGUACUGGCCUUCCUCAGUGGAACAGCCUCAGUAGCAGGACUUUUUGCUGCAGUUUUACUUCCUAACUGGAGAUUGAUGAGGCUGCACACAUUCAACAAAAAUGAAAAGAAUCUGACAGUUUACACUGGACUCUGGAUUAAGUGUGCGCGCUUUGAUGGAAGCAGAGACUGUGUGAUAUAUGACACAGAGUGGUACACAGCAGUCGAUCAGCUGGAUUUACGGGUUCUCCAAUUUGCGCUCCCCUGUAGUAUGCUAACUGCUGUCUCCGCUCUGCUGCUGUGUUUGAUCGGCAUGUGUAACACGGCCUUUGUGUCAAAUGUACCAAACAUCAAACUUGCUAAAUGUCUUGUAAAUAGUCCAGGCUGCCACCUUGUGGCUGGUCUGUUGUUUCUACUUGCAUGUGCCAUUUGUCUCACACCAUCAAUCUGGGUAAUUUUUUAUAACAACUACCUGAACAAAAAAUAUGAGCCAGUUUUUACCUUUGAUAUUUCAGUGUAUAUUACCAUUGCCAGUGCAGGAGGCCUGUUUUUCACUUCAGUUCUGUUAUUUCUGUGGUAUUGUGCAUGCAAAACCUUACCGUCCCCAUUCUGGCAGCCUCUGUAUUCCCAUGCCUCGAGCAUGCAUAGCUAUGCCUCCCAGCCCUAUUCUGCACGAUCUCGGCUCUCUGCCAUUGAAAUUGACAUUCCUGUUGUAACACAUGCUUCUUAA